GGACGCUGCACCUGCGCACUACGCCCCAGAAACAAGAUGCCUUCCGCGCGUCCUCGCUGCUCUGUCUCCAAAAGCAGCCGUUGGAAAGACACCCGAGGACGGCGGCUCUAACACCGUGUAGGAGGAGCCAGCGGCGGGUUUCCGCUAACAGCAGGCCGAGGGAGAGGGAGCGGUAACACGGUAAUCUAUGUGCUGCCGUACGGAGAAUUACACAAGUGUGGCGGAACAGUUGUCGGCUACUACCGGACACUGGUAAGAGUAUAAAAAAAAAAACUGUCUAGUCACUGGUGAGCUGUGGGUGUCUGUAUCGGGAGGAAGAAGAGGAAGAAGAGGAAGAAGGAGUGGCAGCUGGACUGUCAGCAAUGGAAGCCGAGUUUGGGGAAAUCGAUGAAAACGGUACUUGGAGCGCCAUUUACCAGGAGAUUCGUCAUCAGUCAUGUGAACUACCUUGCAAGUUUGCCAAAUUACCCGAAAACAAGAAUCGGAAUCGUUACAGAGAUGUUAGCCCAUUUGACCACAGCAGAAUAUGUCUGCAGCUGGGUACGAAUGACUACAUCAAUGCCAGCCUGAUAACAGUAGAAGAGGCACAGAGGAACUAUAUUCUCACUCAGGGACCCCUUCCAAAUACAUGUGGCCACUUCUGGGAGAUGGUGUGGGAGCAGAGGACCCGCGGUGUCGUGAUGCUGAACCGAGUCAUAGAGAAAGGAUCUGUUAAAUGUGCCCAAUAUUGGCCACACAGAGAGGAGAAAGAUGCUAUCUUUGAAGAUACCAGUUUCAAGCUUACUCUUGUCUCAGAAGACAUCAAAUCUUACUAUACAGUCCGUCAGCUGGAGUUGGAGAAUCUGUCUACUGGAGAGACUCGUGAGAUUUUACAUUUUCACUACACCACCUGGCCGGACUUUGGGGUACCAGAGUCUCCCGCCUCCUUCCUUAACUUCCUGUUCAAGGUGCGAGAGUCUGGUUGUCUGAAUUCGGACCAGGGACCGGUGGUGGUGCACUGCAGUGCCGGCAUCGGGCGCUCGGGGACAUUUUGUCUUGUGGACACCUGCCUCUUAUUGAUGUCCAUGCGUAAAGACCCGUCUUCGGUGCGGAUUCGUGAUGUGCUGCUGGAGAUGCGACGCUAUCGAAUGGGCUUGAUUCAGACAGCAGAUCAACUUCGCUUCUCCUACCUUGCUGUCAUUGAAGGUGCCAAGUACAUCAAGGGGGAUACGUCCCUGCAGGAGUCAUGGAAAGAGCUCUCAAACGAGGAAGACGAUCCUCCAGAGUUCUCCCCUCCUCCUCCUCUUCCUCCUCCCAGAGACCCACACAACGGCAAAGUUGAGCCGUCCUUUUUCCCUGAAAAUGAUGAGAUUAUCCAACCGAUGGAGAUCCGCAGUCUGGGGUCCUCACAAGAGUCGGAGCUGAGAAAGAGGAACAUUGCUGCCCCCGAGCCUCCUCCUGAUGAUGCCGAUCAGCUCGAUGGCUACGUGGAAAUCGAAGACCAUACCUCCAGAGCUCCAACCAAAUCCCAGCAGCAGCACGAGGCCGAGGAAGAGGAGCUGCCCGAAGCAGUGGAGCAGCCAAAGGAAAGCUCUCCUGUGCCGGGGACUUGGUCCCCUCUUCUAACCAACGUGUGCCUGGGCACGGCACUGGCUCUCAGUGCUUACGCAUGUUAUCGAGCCUAUUUCCACUGAUGUCUGUCCUUCCUCUUCCUUUUUGGUUCUCCCUGUUUCUCCACUGAUGUUGCAAAGUGGACUCGGCUGGCCAAUCAGCCUGCUUUGACUCUGAGUUUACUCUGCAAGUGAGUGGAUUAUUUGGACUUCAGCAGAUUCAGGUUCACUCGUUUAAUUUUACAAAUGCAGUGCGAGGGGUUGGCUGGUCGGGAAUAACAGGCUGCCAGUCCUUAUUACCCACCCAACCGUUCUUUCCAUAUGUCAUCUUGGAUGCUCAGGGCCUCUGUUUUUCAGGUGUCAUAUCCCAAAUACGUAUGCCGACUUAAACACAGACUCAACAAACAAUACGUAUCGCGGUCCGUAGAGGAAAAUGGUUUGUUUUAGCUCCCCUGUUCUGUGAACCAGGAUGAAUGGUCAGCCCAUUUUACUUCUCCUGUCUUAUAUACCAAAUGUGUAUGUGUUCUUCCAUUUCAAGGUGUCCACUAGGAUUUCACAUUUCUUUCCACCGUUGUCUGUCUUUUGCUUACACAAAUAGAUCAGAAAUUUAUAGAGACAGAUUUUUUUUGACCAGCCUGUCUGAAAUUAUGUCAGUAAGAGUUUUUUUUUUUCUACAGUGAGGUGAAAUGUGUGAAAGUAAGAUGGAAGGAACCCUAUACCCACUAGAUGAAGAGAUGCAUGCUGGGGUGGGCAUUGAAUUGUGAUCUGUCCUCACUCGCGGCCCGAGUAGGGCUGCAGGAGAGAGACAUGCUAGUUGAAUACAUGCAGUAUGUGUGUGAGUGGUAGUUAGUGGAGCUUUCUACUGAUGCUUGAGUUGAAUCUACUCUGUGAGAAAUAUUAAUUUAAACAUUUGCAAUACUUCAAAUGUGAGAUGUAGACUUGGUCGCCUCCUGGUGACCGAUUCCCUUUUUUGCGUUUUCUCUCCCUGGCGGCUCAACGGUGACACAAUAAUAACACAAGUGGCUCAUUCUCCGUUUGCCACCUGGAGAUUUAUAACACCCGACCUUUUGCUUACUACUUACUUUUUUGGGAGAACAUCUUUUUUUUUUUUGUCGCAGUGGAGGCUUCUUUAAUGGCGAGAGAAUGUUUAACAUAACCUGAAUGCAUCUGAUGACACGCAGUCACGUGUGUUCAGUCGGUGGAGUUAACGUAGUUCUGCCCCCGAGACCAGAACCGGGUCGAGUCCAGAGUCCAGAUGAGAAAGACUGAAAUUAAAAUAUAAUGCUUUUGCCAUUGCAGUGAGUUGCAGGCGUAUGAGUGCGAGUGACAUUGACAUUGGCAGCCUGGUAACCACGGUUAAGUAACCCGGUAACCAUGGUUACCAGGCUACCAAUGUCAGGAUUUUUGAAUGAAUUAAAUCAAUACCUGUUUUCAGAACAAGCGCGCUUCAUCAGUGGUUUUGUUUUGAAGUUACCUCUGAAAAUAUAUAUAUGUGUGUGUGUAUAUAUAUUUGGACUCGGUGGAGACCAGCUGUAGAAUAUUUGGCGAGACCAAUGGCCAAGUCCAAGUGCAAAUACCAACGAGUCCAAGGCGAGUCCAAGACGUUAGAUAAAGUGUCUUGAGUCCGAGAGCGGACCACGCCACCAGGAAGUGAGUUUAAUGUGACACAAAGUAGCUAACGCCCGACUCUUUUCGCCAGCAAUACAAAUACUUAAUAAUGUGUGUCACCCUUUACUUUAUAAACUCUGAGUUUGAACAGGGAUUUUUUUGAACAAACCAAAAAUCAAACACCAGCACAGGGAUGAAAACAAUACACUGUAGUGAUUAUCUGUCGUAUCAUGGCGUGGCUCUGAGCUGGCAAUGUUGUUUUUGUAUGAUUAUGUUGUUUGUUUUUUUUAGCAUGCUGCAUUUGUGAAUCAAGAGGUUUGUCCUAAGAAGAGAUUAGCUGAGCUGCUAGCAUUCAGUUUACGUUUUGUGACUCGAUAAAAGUUCAGUACUUGAGUCCGACAGCUGUACCUUUCUUUAGAAUGUAUAAAUGUCCUCUCCAAGGACACUCUUAUUAGAUAUAUAUAUAUAUAUAUAUAUAUAUAUAUUUUUUUUUUUUUCAAAUCAGGUUUCAGUGUGCUGAGUUUCUUUUUUUGUUGUUUUUGUUUUUGUUGUCCUGCUUUAGCCAGAGGUUAAGUCUCAGCACCUGUGCAGCCAUUGCACCAGGUUGUACCUGUUUUUUUUCUAUACUUAAAGCUGAGCUCAAAAACAUGUAUUUUUUUAUUUACAUUUGUUGUUUUCCUUUUUAAAUAAUAAAAAAAAAAAAGUCUACUGUUGAUUUGUUCUGGUUUGUAGAACAGAUUUAUACCUAUAACCUCAUUCUCAGUCUUACUUCUGAACAAUGACUAUGGUAAUAAAAAGGUCACACAUCAA